CUUUCAGCUCAGCCCCUUGGGCUGCUGUCCCUGCCUGGGAAGAGCACUUAGGGGAGGGGCGAGGCACGUGGCCUCUGAGCACCGGUUCAAACGGGCCCUCGAGACCUGGCGGGUUGGCGGACGGAGGAAGGGAGGGAGAGAAGGUAGGAGGAGCGUGGGCCUACCUCUCGACCUCAAGCCUCGCAGCCCCAUGGUCCCCGCCGCCUGCGUGCUGCUCUGGGCCCUGCUGCUAAGUUUGGGGCUCCGGGCGGCGGGGGCCCAAGACCAGACGUCAAACCCGCCCGCCACCGCCAGCGCGACUGGGAUGCAGCGGGUCAGUUUCCGCUUUGGGGGCCCAGCCCGCAGCCUCCGGAGCACAAACCCCACUGCCCGCAACAGUAUAGCCAGGAAGGCUAAGGUAACUCUGGAGGACGAAAAUGAUGCCCUGGCCACCGCUGACCGCUUGGCAUUCCCGGCAGCCGCUGAGCUGCUGUCCACCGUGACGGGCAUGAGCCGGCCGUCGGCCAUCUCCGGUGAGGUCGAGGAUAGCUCCUUGGAAGAGGGGGUGGUGAUUGACGCCAGUAAAACCACCAACCCGGCAACUCCCUCUCCAACCUCCAGUACCGUGGGGAGUUCCAGCACCAGCGGGAGGUUUGUAGCCAAUAGCCAGGAGCGAGAGAUUAGGAUGACCACCGAGCUGCAGCCCUUCACUUCAAAGUCUACCGGGGACCUGAGUUCCGAGACCACCCUGCACCAGUGGUCGACCCCCGGGUCCACCCCGACCCCUUGGCAGAGGCCCUCGUCCACAGCCAUGCCAGCUCCCGAGGAUCUGCGGGUGAUACUGAUGCCUUGGGGCCCGUGGCAUUGCCACUGUAAGUCGGGCACCAUGAGCAGGAGCCGGGCCGGAAAGCUGCACGGCCUUUCUGGGCGCCUUCGAGUUGGGGCGCUGAACGAACUCCGCACCGAGCACAGGCCUUGCACCUACCAGGAGUGCGCUUGCAGCAGGCAGCAGGAGGAGUGCCCUCUGGACUCGGGCCUCUGCGCUAACAACGGCUGCAGUUCUUCGCCCACCUCUCAGACCUCUCCUCUGGUUCCUGUCCACCUGAGACGCAGACCCAUCCUCCCUCCCACCAGCCCGAGCCCCAGCCCAGCGCUUGCCUUCUGGAAACGCGUCAGGGUCAGCCUGGAGGACAUCUGGAAUAGCCUUUCUUCGGUGUUCACAGAGAUGCAACCAGUAAGUUGUUCUGCUGAUGAGAGUCCUGACGUCCCCGAUCCUGUGGCUGACACAGCCAGUGCGUGA